UGCCGUCGGCCUCGGCGAGCAGAAGGCCACCCGCGAGGAGAUGAGCGCCGCCCGUCUGCCGCUCGCCUACCGAGACUCGUGCGCACACCUGCUGAUCCCGCUGAACCGCUGCCGGCACGAGGAGUACUACCUCCCGUGGAAGUGCGAGAACGAGCGCCACACCUACGAGAAGUGCCAGUACGAGGAGUUCAAGGUGCGCGUGGCCAAGAUGGACGAGCUCAGGGCCGCCAAGAACGGGCAGCGCAGCAACUAGAAAUCGAGAAAAAAGACGGUGCAAUAGCCAGCGCGAGGGGUCCGCAUGUAUAUACCUCGGCAGGAUACGAAAUGACACGGAUUCGAACAUUGAGACGGUGCUUCAGACCUGAUGAGCAGAUUGAUGUCAGUGGAGCUGCAGAGCAGCUUGUGAAAGCACUCAAUGGAGCAGCAUGAGCAUUGCGAACUCACCUGCGCAGUCUAGUCUGUCUUACAAUGAGCAGUCUACAGCAUGAACUAAACAGAGCACAAAGCACAGGCGUUGCAUCUCCAGCACGGUCACGGCAUGUUGAGAG